CGGAUCGGUCAAUCCGCCACGAGAUCAUCCUCGAAGCCUGGGCCGUACCUCCGCGUGGUUGCAUCUACCGCAUGAGCGAGGAAGAGUUAAGUGUGUUACGGGCACAACUCGACGACCUUCUCGAGAAAGGCUGGAUUCGGCCUAGCUCUUCGCCAUACGGUGCCCCCAUUCUCUUCGUCCGGAAGAAGAACAAGGAUUUGCGGUUGUGCAUCGAUUAUUGUAAGCUCAACACGCAAACUGUAAAGAACGUCGGCCCUCUUCCGCGCAUCGACGACCUCCUCGAACGGCUGGGCGGCGCCAAGUUCUUCUCCAAGCUUGACCUCAAAUCGGGAUAUCACCAACUGGAGAUCCGGCAGGAGGACCGCUACAAGACCGCGUUUAAGACGCGAUAUGGGCAUUUCGAAUGGUUGGUUAUGCCUUUUGGCCUUACGAAUGCCCCGGCCACAUUCCAAGCGGCUAUGAUAACGGAGUUCCGACACAUGCUGGAUAGAUUCGCACUUAUCUACCUCGACGACAUCUUGGUGUACAACCAGAGUUUGGACGAGCAUGUGGAGCACCUGCGCACCAUUUUGAAGCGGCUACGACAAGCCAAGUACAAAGGCAACCACGACAAAUGCGAUUCGCGCGGCAAGAGCUAGAGUACUUGGAAGAUUAUGUGACGCCACAAGGCAUCCGUCUGCUUGCGGACAAGAUCGAGGUCAUCCGCGUAUGGCCCGAGCCCACCAACACCACAGA